AGAUACAUCGUAUCCCAUUGCUCUAAACUGCGUCCCACCACACCAUCUCCUCUUGGGCGAAGAAGCGACGGGUUCCUCCUCUCUCCUUCGAGCCAGGGUUAGGGUUUUUUUUUUCCCACCUUGAUCUCUCUUCUUGGAGGAUUUUGAUCGGCUUGGAAGUUGGAAGGGUGAGGGGGAGGAGAGGAUGCCGCAGCGGCACUCGAAGAACAACAACGACCUCGCGUUCUUCACAUAUGAAGAGAAGCGGAAGCUCGGGUACGGGACGCAGCGAGAGGGCCUUGGGAAGGACUCGAUCAAGCCCUUCGAUUCCUGCUGCCUCUGCCUCAAGCCCUUCAUCGACCCCCUCUGCUGUCAGAAGGGCCACGUCUUCUGCAAGGAAUGCAUCCUCGAGUGCCUGCUUCCCCAGAAGAAGGACAUCAAGAGGAAGCUGGCUGCCCCUGCUGCUCAGCAGAAGCAAGAGAAAGAGGAGGAAGAGGAGAAGUUGAUGUUGCAGAAAGCUCGAGAGCUUGAUGCUUUCGAUCAACAAAAUCAUGGAGCUGUACCCCAGUACAGCGACAGGAGUCAUGCACGCGGCAAAAAUGGUUUCCAUGGGGUUAACAGUGUGAAGGUAACCUCCUAUGAAGAGGAAGCCCUUCGAAACAUGAAAGCCUUUUGGCUUCCAUCUGCUACCCCCGAAGCACCUGUCAAGGCAGAAAUGGCUCUCUCUUUCCUCGUAUUAGGACUACAGAUCUUAAUAAUAAUAGAUAGAAGAUUAGAUACAAGACGUGAGUUACUCCGCAGAUGAUGCAUGGGCAGGCUAGUAAUUAAACCCUUACUAGUGAAACGGAAGUAUUUUGACUCCAUCAUCCUACUUUGGGCUCCACUAUAGUUUCUUGAUGUCAAAAACCUGAAAUUCUCUCGCUGUCU